UUGUUGUGCCUCAGUCCAGGAGCGAGAGUUUCUUCCAUACAGGAACUAAAGCAAAUUCGAUGUCUGCAGAAAUUCGACUCGGACUUGGUCUUUCAGAGGAAGUAUCAACCGUAUUUCAUGCCACCUAGGGAUCAUUUAAACUGCGAUCCGACAUUCGAGCUAGAGGAGAUGAUCAUCGAGACGAAACCUCUGCACAAGAAGAAGAAACGAUUGGCCAAACAGCGAUCCGUCAGGGAAAUCCAUACGACGGAAGGGGAUUCCCCGAUGGAGCCAAAGUCUAUGAUUCCAGAGUUUAAGAUCUACAACAGGUAUCAAGAGUUGGAGCGAAGAGAACGCGAGCGUAAGGAGCAAGACUGGGAGCGCGAACUGCAGCAGGCCAUGAACCUCUCGAAUCCUCUGGACAAUGGUCCAGAGACAAUGCCCACGUGUCUAAGCUGUCCGAAGCUUGACGAAGAAUCGGAGCCAGAGGCAUCGCCAUCGACGCCAAUCUCGAAACUUUCCAAAUCUUCGGCGAGCUGCGAUUCGACUUCUGGGCCUAAAUACAAAUUGAGGCACGGCCUCUUCAAGCACAAAUCCUCCGGUGACAAGGCAGAAGAGACAAAGAAGAAAGGAGGUGCCAACGAUAUGCAAAGUCGCAUGCAGGGAUUGGAUUUUAUUGAUAGGACACCCUCUCCGAUGGAUAGAGUCGAAGGCACCUAAAUAAUCUAAUAACGAAACAUCUAAAUAUAUAUCUAAAUAUACAUAUAUAUUAUAAAAGAACAAGUAUACUUUAUAGGACCAAAACUUACUUAUUAUAUAUAAUUGUAUUAUUUUUUCUAAUAAAAGGCUG